CAAACAUGGUAUUGACUUCCGUGUUUACGACAGUCUGUGAGCCGGUGUUCCUUUACGGCAGGCAGUGCAGGCACAUGUGUUUCCAGAGUCAAUAGCGUGCUCAUUGAUAGUCCAGCCAACCAUAUUUAAAGAAUCUCUAUCAUGUCAUUCCGCGGGGGUGGUGGUCGAGGAGGGGGUCGUGGCGGUGGUUUUAACAGAGGUGGUGGUCGUGGAGGCGGAUUUGGAGGGGGUCGUGGAGGCGGAUUUGGAGGGGGUCGAGGCGGCGGCGGCGGCAGAGGUGGAUUUAACAGAUAUCAAGACUUUGGUCCACCGGAAUAUGUUGUCGCUUUGGGAGAGUUCAUGCACCCCUGUGAGGAUGAUAUUGUCUGUAAAUGUGUGACGAACGACAAUAAAGUCCCUUACUUCAACGCUCCUGUAUACCUGGAAAACAAAGAGCAAAUUGGAAAAGUGGACGAGAUCUUUGGGCAGCUUCGUGAUUUUUAUUUUUCAGUGAAACUUUCUGAAAAUAUGAAGGCAUCUUCUUUCAAGAAGUUACAGAAGUUCUACAUUGAUCCUAUGAAGCUCCUGCCCCUCCAGAGAUUCCUCCCUAGGCCUCCAGGUGAGAAGGGCCCGCCCCGUGGAGGAGGUAGAGGAGGAGGAAGAGGUGGGAGAGGAGGUGGCUUCCGUGGAGGUCGUGGUGGUAAUGGUGGUGGUCGUGGAGGAUUUGGUGGACGUGGAGGAUUUGGUGGACGCGGUGGGGGAGGAUUCAGAGGAGGCAGAGGUGGAGGCGGUGGACGUGGAUUCAGAGGUGGAAGAUGAUGAAGGUCUCUCAGUAUGGGAUGUGUCCUUAAAUCUGCGGGAGAGACUUCCAGUGAGAAGCCAGAAGCAGCAUUUGGGGGCCUAACAGAGUCUUUAGACUGUUAACUGAUGCCUCUCUUGUACAGCUGAACUUUUUACUUUUUGUACCAUAUGUGUAGUUUUCUGCAGUAUAAUUUUUUUAUUUGGUAUACUGAUAGGGCUGAUGUUUUAAGUUACCACAUCCCUGUGUACAAAGAGGGCGAGUGUCUCCCCAACUUGGACUGGUUGGUGUGCAUUCACUAAUGGUUGGACCAAUAUAGAUUUGAACAACAUCAAGGUUAUGUGGUGUGACAAAAUUGUAAAGCCAACUCCACAGACAAUAAUAAUUAUAAUGUAAAAAACGUUUCAUUGUUGGAUUAUAAUGGAUAUUUGCAUAUACAGAAUUGCAAUCUGUUUCAUUUGAACUCCAUAUGCCACCAUGGACUUGCAUAAUAAAAUUGAUGGUAUAUUUACUGUA